AUGAGAGCCCCGUGGCUCGUCCUGCUUCUCGCCGAGAUCCUGGACCCAGCGCUGAUCCUUGGGGACAUGGACACGAACCCACGCCCGGACCCCGUGUGUCACUGUAACGACACCGUCGUGUUAAGCGGUCCCGGUCGCAGGUCGCCAGAGAUACUUUCCAGACGUAGGCGACUGACUUUUCCAAAGGGCAGCGCUUUCGUGAUGACGGUAUCAACAUUGCAAUCGAUUCAGCUCCCACUGCCGAGCAACUGGUACCUCGAUUUCGAAUUCGACACGAUCUGGCCGAUACCGACGCAAGAGAACUCCAGGAAAAAGUAUUUCUUCAAGAAGCCGUGGAUGAUUAAACGAAGACAUCGGCGUGACUUGUACGAUAAUUUCGAGGCUGCUCUAACUAGUCAAAAUUUGCCAGGACGACAGUGUGUGCUCAGAACAAUUUGCGAGGCGAAGACGUUAUUGAGUCCCCCAGGUGUUUCGUUCAUCGAGGACGCAAUUCGACUGAUUCUAAGCAACGUCGAGGACGUGGUGGAAAUUGACUCCUACGAUAUUGCGUACAAAACCAAUGCACCCUGCGAAGUAGCUUACUCUUGCCCCUUCUCUUUCUUGAGAUUAUUGUUAUUCAACUUGUACUCGGACACUAUAAGCUGA